AUGGCAGCUCGUGAUGAUUGGCCAAAGAUGCCUAAUGGCAUGGAUUUUGAUGGUCGGCAUCUGCUCGUCUUCGUUCGCGAAGGGAAGAGUCCGUUUCACAAUCAGUGGGACGUAAAUCUCCUGCUUCAAGAAAUUGAGAAGAAUCUCGAUGUCCAGGUGGAUGACAUUCCAUACGUUUAUCAAGGCUCCAAUUGCUACUCUUGCCUUUUGGAAAAAGCGGCUCAUAUCCGUGCAUCGCUGUACAAAUACGAAGUCUCAUCCGAAUUUGCUUCCACCUGGCUUCGCGAACGUCUCUUUGAACAGAAGCCUGAAACAUUUCCGAUUCCAGUUGCUCCUACUCGCGAUGAUAACAAUACGGUCGGUCCUAUUGCAGCGGCAGCUAGAAGAUCGCUUCUUCGCUUGAUUCCCCAUAUAACGCCCAAAGGUGACGACGAGAAUGUUUUAUAUCGCUUCGUACUUGAGCACGGCGAUUUUGGAAUCCAUAAUAUGUCGAUCGCGAUGGACUUGAAUCAGCAACCUUUUAUAACGUCCGUAUACGACUGGGAGACUGGAUGCAUUGCCCUCUUUUCCAAUGCACCUGAUUUCAAGCGUUCAAUCAAAGCUGGGCGAGACCUGCGUCAUCUAUGGUUUGCAUUGCGGGACUGGCGCGGCGACGAUCCUGAGAAAUAUUUUGGUGAUCUGGGAGCCUGGGCUGAGCAACGAAUGAGGGAACUUGGUGUGAUACAGACGGCGAGCACAUUGAACGAGGAUUGA